AUGAAAAAGUCAAAACCAAGAAAAUCAAAGAAUUUAUUUCUCACCACCAAUACCACAACAAUAAUCUUAUUAAUGUUAAUAAUACCAAUAGAUUCAUUACCAGCGCCACCUAACCCCUCCACAUCUAACCUUAAUCUCACCCCCACAUCAAGUCCGAGAGAUGGUGAUGGUAAUAAUAAUGUGAACGGGGGUGGUAAAAUUCAAGCGAUGAAUUGGAUUUUAAUAACAAUUUCAAUAAUAGUUUUUGUGGAAAUAAUAUUUUGUCGUCACCUUAGUCGUCAUCGAACUUUACGAGUCACGGAUUCAGCAAAUUAUUCUAUUGAUGAAUCUUUACCUCCUUACGAUGGUUUAUCGUUACCUAAAUAUCAUGAAACUUUGGAAGUGGUGAAUGAAGGAGAAGAAUCAACAAAUUCAAUAACUGAAAAUUCAGCAAAUUCAAUAACUGAAGAAUCAACAAAUUCAGUAACUGAAGAUUCAACUGUGUUAACUAUAAUUGUUGAUCAAGAGGUAGUAAACAACAGUGAAAAUAUUUGA